AGCGUCAGUCAGACUCCGUUCCAUAGGCAGCAGCAGCACCAGCAGCAGCAGCGGCCGUCGCCAUCACCACCGCAACAGGGACCCGCCACCAUGGCUUCUGGAGUAACAGUGAACGAUGACGUUAUCAAGGUUUUUAAUGACAUGAAAGUCCGAAAAUCUUCAACGCCAGAAGAGAUUAAAAAAAGAAAGAAAGCAGUUCUCUUCUGUUUAAGUGAUGACAAAAGACAAAUAAUUGUAGAAGAAGCAAAGCAGAUACUAGUUGGUGACAUUGGUGAUACAGUGGAGGACCCUUAUACAUCAUUUGUGAAGCUGUUACCUCUAAAUGAUUGCCGAUACGCUUUGUAUGAUGCAACGUAUGAAACAAAGGAGUCUAAAAAAGAAGACCUGGUAUUUAUAUUCUGGGCUCCAGAAAGUGCCCCUUUAAAAAGCAAGAUGAUCUACGCAAGCUCUAAAGAUGCCAUUAAAAAGAAAUUCACAGGUAUUAAACAUGAAUGGCAAGUAAAUGGUUUGGAUGAUAUUAAAGAUCGUUCAACACUGGGAGAGAAACUAGGAGGCAACGUGGUAGUUUCACUUGAAGGAAAACCCUUAUAGAAGGACAGACAAGUGCCAUCUGGAGCUUCCAUUUCUGCAGCUCAUUCAAUUGGAAUAGCAUUAGUUCCUUUUGCCCCACCUUCCCAGAUCCCAACCACCUGAAGGAGAUAUCAUAACAGUCUACAAAUGAUCACCAUUAGACUGUUCUUUGAAAAACCUGAUAGUUUUAUGUAGAAUCCGAGAAAUGCCUCCCAUCAUAUUCUUAGCCAAAACAGAUGAUGUGGGCGUUCCUUGCAAAUGUGUACAAUGAAUGUGAUAGUUGAUGUGGAUAGUCUAGCCAAGCAACAAAAGGUUUAAGCUAAUUGAUUGCCUUUAAAGUAUUGUCCAAUGGUCAAAUGGUAGACACUAUUCAGUAUUACUUAACAGUUGCACUUGAUUGCAGUUCCAUGAGGCUCUUGUGCAUUCAUACACCUCACCUGCCUUGACAAGCCUUUUUUUUUUGUGAGAUGGCAACACACAACACUAUGCAUUUAAAGCACUUUUUUGUAAUACGUUUGAUUUCUCCCCACUCCCCCGAAUGCCAAUUAAUUUCUGUAAUGGUGUCAUCAAACUGUUAUAGUACCUCAGUCUUCAUUCCCUUUACAUGCAUAUCUUUAUAAAUUAAGUAGCUGUAAUAACAUCUUUUUGUUUUUCCAUUGAAUGUACACUACUGAACAGGAGUAGGAGCUAUCUGUUUACCAUGCAAGUCUUGCAACACUAAAGAUGUUUUGUAAAACAUCCGUCAUAAUGGCAAUUUCUGUAUAAAGAGCCUUAAAUGGAACACUGUUUUUGAGAUCAAAUAUAUUGGCCACGUUGCAAUAAAACUUGUGGCUUAUUACAGAAUGUUGCCUUGUUUUCAUUGGAAAAUAUGGAAUGAAGUAUGUUUAAACAUUUUGCACAGCUUUUUUUCCAGUGGUGCGUUUCAUAGAUAUGCAACAGUCGUUCUCAACUUCAAUAAUGGGUCUUGAUAAAAUUAUUCCUGAUACUACUGUAAGAAUGAUUUGAAUAAGGGACCUUUCUCUCCAACCUCUUCUUACCUUAAUAUAUUGCCACUGUUAGGGAACAAUUAGGCCAGCAAUCUACAAGUAGCUUAUGUCUGAAACUUAUAAGGGAAAUUAUUAGCCACAUAGUGGUAUUAUUAUGGAAUACUCUUCACAGUUCUACAUGUUAGUUUAUUAUUGCACAUACUAUCUUUUGUCUAGUUGCAGCACAACUGUUCUUCAGUUAACAUUUGUGCUAAUAGGACUGGAAAGCUUUUGCAGCUACUAAGUCUUGCAUCAGGAACAUGAUUUGGCUAAGGGCCAAACACUGCUCUCCUUAUAGAGAAUUUGAUCUGCUCUGUGCGAGCAGUCCGUUAGCCAGAGCUAUUUAUGGCAAACACAUGCUUUUGUAUCUUGUCAUCGGUUCUCCACAAAUGGCAAAACUGGACAUGAUUCUACUGGUAUGCAUAAAGGAACUCUGUUAGGCAGCCAAUCGCUGUUGAAGUGUACAUACCACUACGAGGAAUGCUUUCAUCAAAGGAUAGAAAUUGAAAACAGUUACAGUUUCUUUAAAA